UGGAAGCACCCGUUUUCUUCAUCCUUCUUAAGAAAUUACAGUGUCCACUAAAAAUAAGAAAAACAAAAAUGAGGUUCAAAUCAGUUCUCUUGUGUUGCCUUUUGGGAUUGGUUCUUAUCUCAGCUGUAAUUGCUGAUAAGCCAUCUAGAGAUGCUGUCCAAGCUGUAACGAUGGAAGACCUAAAUAAUCCCAAUGUAAGAUGCUUGGGUUUUACAAUCAAUUGUGGCGGUGGAGGUGAUGGUGGUGGCGGCAGUAGCGGCGGCGGUGGAAGCGGAGGAGGUGGUUAUGGCGACGGCGGAAGUGGUGGGGGAAGCAGCGGCGGCGGUGGAAGCGGAGGAGGUGGUUAUGGCGACGGCGGAAGUGGUGGGGGAAGCAGCGGCGGCGGUGGAAGCGGAGGAGGUGGUUAUGGCGACGGCGGAAGUGGUGGGGGAAGCAGCGGCGGCGGUGGAAGCGGAGGAGGUGGUUAUGGCGACGGCGGAAGUGGUGGGGGAAGCAGCGGCGGCGGUGGAAGCGGAGGAGGUGGUUAUGGCGACGGCGGAAGUGGUGGGGGAAGCAGCGGCGGCGGUGGAAGCGGAGGAGGUGGUUAUGGCGACGGCGGAAGUGGUGGGGGAAGCAGCGGCGGCGGUGGAAGCGGAGGAGGUGGUUAUGGCGACGGCGGAAGUGGUGGGGGAAGCAGCGGCGGCGGUGGAAGCGGAGGAGGUGGUUAUGGCGACGGCGGAAGUGGUGGGGGAAGCAGCGGCGGCGGUGGAAGCGGAGGAGGUGGUUAUGGUGGUGGAGGAAGUGACAGCGGUGGCGGCGGAAGUGGUGGUGGAGGAGGUUAUGGGGGAGGAGGUGAUAGUGAAUGUGGAGGAGGUGGAAUAUAAUAAUAGGACAUUAUAGUGGUGGCAAAUGUUAAAAUGUCACUAAAAUCAUGUAAUUCAUAAUCUAUAAUCCAAUGUAACUGAAGGCGGAUCAGCCUAUAAAAAUUUUCUAUUUCAUGUUUGUGCCAAAA